UACAUAGUGUGUGGAUAUAUUGUGAUUCCGUCGAAAUGAGAUUCCAGUGGUAUCCUAUUUCCCAUUCGGCAAGACAAACUUAUGAAAUUCAAAUUAUUCUCUUGGAUAUUCAGAAUUGAAAAAUUGGAAUAAAUAUUUCAUUUUGGUAUUGAGAAUGACAAGUGAAGAACUUGUUAGUAUCGAUCCGUUGGACCUCAAAUUUCCUCUGGAACUAAACAAGUCAAUUUUGAGCUCUUUUGAAGUGAUCAACAAGACUGAUAAUCAUGUUGCUUUCAAGGUUAAGACAACCAAUCCCAGGAAGUAUACUGUCAGACCGAACUGUGGAAUUGUUCUCCCACAAUCAAGGUCCAAUAUUACAGUUACGAUGCAACCUCAACUGGAGUUGCCGCCAGAUAUGGAAUGCAAAGACAAGUUUCUUGUACAGAGUGUGAUUACGAACCCGGGGUCUACACCAAAAGAUAUCAACCCAGACAUGUUCAACAAAUCGGGGGGAAAUCAUGUUGAGGAAUGCAAACUAAAAGUUAUUUAUGUCUUCCCACCAAGAAAACCAUCACCAGUUCCUGAAGAUUCUGAGGAAGGAACUUCACCAACAGCUUCUGAAACGGAUUUACAAGAACACAGUGAGCCUCAGGACAACUCCAUUAAGGCCAGAGAUCUAAUUUUGAAGUUGAUGGAAGAGAGGGAUUUCAUUAUUCAACAAAAUGCCAAGCUCAACCGAGACCUGGAACAUCUUAGGCAUGGACGUCAAGAGCAUCGUACCGGAGUUCCACUUUUGUACAUCUUGCUGGUUGGAUUGCUUGGUAUUCUUUUGGGGUACAUUGUCAGAAAUGUUUGAUGACUUCACAGCUCUGCGAAUAUACUCUCUCUUUCUGGUUGCUGUGGGCAGGUGUGAGGAGUGAUUUGAAGACUUUCUAGUAGAAUUUCUGUACAUUUUUUUGAAUCUGAAUUGCUCGGUAAUUCUAAGUAUAUUGGUUGAAUAUUUUCUGUCUUAGGAUGAUAGAAUUAUAGUUGUGGUCCAAGCUUUGCUUUUAUGAGGUAAAUCAGUAGGAAGAAAAGAAGAAAGAAUACCGCACUGAAGUGGAAUCACUGGAUUGCUGUAUCUAACUUUCAUGUAGGUGUUUUUUUGUUUUGAAGCAUGCAUGGUUUUUGUCAAA